AGCUGGAAAAGGGCCGGGCUUUCCUGCGCGGCGAGCGAGGCCGCCUGGUCUGAGGCCCCGGCCCCACCAUGCUCUGAGGAGCCCCAGGGGAGAAAUGGCAGGUACUGGUGAGCGCAAGGGAAAAGGCAAGAAAGAUGACAAUGGCAUCGGCACCGCUAUUGACUUUGUGCUGUCCAAUGCCCGGCUGGUGCUGGGGGUGGGUGGAGCGGCCAUGCUGGGGAUUGCCACCUUGGCAGUCAAACGGAUGUACGACCGGGCCAUCAGUGCCCCCAGCAGCCCUACCCGCCUGAGCCAUUCAGGAAAAAGAAGCUGGGAGGAACCAAGCUGGAUGGGAUCCUCCCGCUUACUACAGCAGGACAUGAAGACCAGUUUGAGCAGGUCCCUGCAGACUCUACCCACUGACCCCUCAGCCUUUGACACAGAUGGGUUCUACCCCCCCAGACCCAAACCAGCCACCAAGAAGAGUCAGAUAGACUUGAAGAAGUCACGGCUCCGCCUGUCCCUGCAGGAGAAGCUGUUUGCUUAUUAUCGGAACCGGGCAGCGAUCCCCCCGGGUGAGCAGGCCCGGGCCAAGCAGGCGGCGGUGGACAUAUGUGCCGAGCUGCGCAGCUUCCUCCGGGCCAAGCUCCCCGACAUGCCACUGCGAGACAUGUACCUGAGCGGCAGCCUGUAUGACGACCUGCAGGUUGUGACCGCUGACCACAUUCAGCUCAUUGUGCCUCUGGUCCUGGAGCAGAACCUGUGGUCCUGCAUCCCUGGGGAGGACACCAUCAUGAACGUCCCGGGCUUCUUUCUGGUGCGUCGGGAGAACCCAGAGUAUUUUCCACGGGGCAGCAGUUACUGGGACCGUUGUGUGGUCGGCGGGUACCUCUCGCCCAAGGCCGUGUCAGAUACAUUUGAGAAGGUUGUGGCGGGCUCCAUUAAUUGGCCGGCCAUCGGGUCCCUCUUGGACUACGUGAUCCGCCCGGCUCCACCUCCUGAGGCCUUGACACUGGAAGUGCAGUACGACCAGAACCGGCACCUCGUGAUUGACUUCCUGCCCUCAGUGACGCUUGGGGACACGGUCCUUGUGGCCAGGCCUCACCGGCUGGCCCAGUACGAUAACCUCUGGAGGCUGAGCUUGCGGCCUGCGGAGACUGCCCGCCUCCGGGCCUUGGACCAGGAUGACGCGGGCUGUCGAGCACUGUGCCUCAAGAUCCUCAAGGCCAUAUGCAAGUCCAGCCCGGCCUUGGGCCAUCUCACUGCCAGUCAGCUCACGAAUGUCAUUCUCCACUUGGCCCAAGAGGAGACUGACUGGUCUCAGGACAUGCUUGCUGACCGCUUUCUGCAAGCUCUCCGAGCCUUGAUUGGCUACUUGGAGGCUGGAGUUCUGCCUAGCGCCCUGAACCCCAAGGUGAAUCUAUUUUCAGAGCUUACCCCUGGAGAAAUAGAUGAAUUGGGAUACACCCUUUAUUGCUCAUUAUCUGAGCCAGAGGUCCUGUUGCAGACGUAAGGGGUGGGGGGGGGAGAGCCACGAGAGGUAUUAGGUGGUCAUGCCUUGGAUGCAGCCAGAAGCACCAUCCAGGCUCCGCUGCUGGGGCAGUCCCUCGCCGGAUUCCUCGGUGCCGCCAGUCUUGCUGGUCAUCACCGAGUCAGUAUCUGCCAACUAGAAUGGCCUUUUCUUGCCCUACCUUCCUUUUUUUUUUUUUAUUUCCUGUCACCAAGCACUGUGCCCCUCAUUUUUUUCACUGUCCCUCCAGCAAAACCAACUUCCAUAAAGUGCAGCAAGGGGAUGAGGCAGGGGGAGCAGGCUGAUAAGUCACUUGGUGACUUGCAUUGAGGUCACGGCCUCUUCAGCUGCCCGACCUGGCCCUACUUUGUGUCUUACAAUAUUGUCCCUUUGUACGUCUGGUUCCUUUCCCUGGAGCACGUCUGCUUGAUCAAGAAAAUGUCUCAUAAGUGAAUGUUGCUCUGUAGCAAUGAGUGAAUAUUUAUGAAUUGCAUUCUGCAUGGCGAAUGAGUUAUCUAGGGUCUGUGGGGAUGGGCGUUUGGGGCUGGCCCCGGAACCACAUUUCUGGCUGUAGAGCCAGAAGGGAGACAGCCUCUGCGGGUGUCGGUGGACCUGCCCCUCCUUCCGGCUCCCUCAUCUGGCCCGGGAAAGCUAAGUCCAGUCAGAUGGAUUGGGAAAGACCAGGAGAACAUGAGAAUGUUUGUGUUUCAGAGUCACUGGGAAGGGAUGGCUCUGGAAAUUGGGUUCCAAGUUCCCGUCGGUGGUUUUCUCUGAGAAGGAGCAGCAAAUGCUCGGGGGGGAGAAGCCUCCAAAUACAGAGCUAGCACAAGAGGCCUAUGGUAGCAGCCUUUCCUCUAUCAGCCCCAUUGCUGUUCAGGGGCAAUCUCAUCAUUUCUUGGGAACUGACCUUGACCCAGAGGGGUUCAGAUGAGGCAGGAAGGUUGGCCAUAGGCAGCUUGGGCAUCAUACAUCACUGAUGUUGCUGCAUCUUCCUGACCUUGCAAUCUCUGGCAGUCUAGCUGUGGCCAGUGACGUAGAGGGUAGCUGGCGGGAGGCUAGCUGAUGGUGCCUUCAGAGGGCACCCAGAGGACCCCUCCUGGCUUCAUGUUUGUGCUGCACCCCAUUCUUAGCAUCUCUGUCCCGGCAGGGGCCAGGCCUGCCUUCUUGAAGCCUCAGAAGCUGCUCUUGGAAAAGGGGAGAAGAGCAUUUGAGAAAUGCCCCCACAUCCUUUGUGCCAGGGACUGCCGAACAUGCCUGCCUAUGCCUUCCUUUUGUCAUGUGUACCUGUCAGAUCUCACCUAGGGGAAAAUAAGGGCCCUGGAGGGUGAAAUGAUGGGAGGGGGGGAAAAGACUUUUCCCAUCCCCUCCCCCCCUUGUUUCCCACUGCUAAAAAGUGCACUAUUUAUUGCAAUGUAAAGUUAUCCUGGGGUUUGGGACGGGAGUUUAAUACAUACCGUCAUUGUGUCUUCCUGUUCUGUGUGUUUUUCCGUUUGUGGUCAGGGUCUGUUGAUGGCCCUACCUCUGUCCUUCUUACCCCGUAUUUUGUAUUCCCACUGCCAAAUCUGAGUAUUUUGCUUCUGCUUUCUCUACCUCCCCACUCAAUGAGAUUCUUUCCUUGUAUUUUAAUGACAGAAAGGUCCACAUAAGACCAGGUCCUCGGCUUCCUCCUGGACUAUUUGUUACAGUCUGGGAAGUUCUAGGGAUCCAUCCUAAGCAUCCUCCCCUUACCGUCUAUUUUCUAUUGAGAAGGAUGGGUGCUUUUAGUUUUUGGAGGGAGGAGUUGGAAAGAUAGUUGUCUGGAUGGGAUUCUGAUUUUCAUGAGGGAUGAGGAGGCUGAAUAUCUUCCUGGGGGACACUGGGGAGAUCCAUCCACUACGUUACUUUAAAAUCUACAAAUUAUUUCUUGCCUGCUUCUCUAAACCAGCUGUAUAUUAGCGCCUCAACAUUGAAUACAAAGCUUAAAAAAUAAACCAGUAAGACCAGGCCACAGGGUCUCUGAUAAAAUAAAUGCUUUUUUCAGAGGGAAAGAUAUGUAAAUUCUUCCUCUUCGUUGAAUUAGGAACAAUUAUUCCAACAUAUUUUCAAAUUCUGAUGGGCUGAUAUUGCCGUACUAUGAAAAGAUGAGUCAGAGAACAGCCCAUAGGAUCCAAAUGACAUAAUAGCUGUAGGUAUGGAUGUACUGGAUGGGAAGCUUUUGGGUGAACAGGGUGGGCAGCAGAUUUCCAAUUUUAGAUGGGGGCAAGGUGAGGUGCUAUAUCAUCAUAGGUUCUCUGUCCAGUAACAGCUGGUUCUAGGCGUUUUCUGAAACAAGCACCUCUUUGUUUGGCUCGAUUUUAGAUCAGGACCAAAUUGGCCUAUGAGGCUUUGGGGUGUGUCCUUAUUCCCAGUCCCCGGAGAUAAAUUUCACCAAUAGUGAGGACUUCCCCUCAUCCCUUCCGUUUACCAGAAGCAUAUCAUUAAAGGAAAGAAGUAAAUGACGUCUUUGAAGUCCAUGUUCCUGGUAGAAGGGACGGCCACCAUCCUUGGCUUGGCUACUUUUGCUUUGAUGGUUCAUUGGAGGAGUAAAAAUGGCGUGGGUUCUGGUGAGGGAGCCAGUAGAUUCUCAGGGUCCAGCGGGAAUUACUGAAGGUAGAGACCCACCUUGAGAUUGCUAACUCCCUUGAAGUACUGGCUCUGGCACUGGCUGCCCCUCCUGACAUAGCCAAGGCUAGGAAUAGGAUGUGCCAGGCCAGGCUUCCCUAGCUUGUUGCAGGUACCUGGCACGGCUCUGCCAUGGGGAUGCAGCCCUCCUGAUAACUGAACUCCGAAAGCUCGGCUCCAGGGUGAUGAUUGGUCUGUCUCUUCCUUUCCUUUGGAGUCUGGUUUACCUGUGAUCUAGUGGGCUUCUGACCAAACUCAAAAACUGCCUUUCGCUCCAUGGAGUGUAUGUAAUAUCCCUGGUCCACAGUCUGGGCUGGUUGACGGGUGAUUGGGGGAUGUCUGCAUAAGUGUUCUAAGUCCUGCUGGGCAUCCUGCCCAGGACAAGUCCAGGGACCUGCCUCUUGUCUUUUCUCCUCCCCCAAAACAUCAGGGGCAAGGGAGUUGACCUAUGAAAGAGUGGGAACAAAAUAAAAAUCCUUUGCACCA